AUGCGUCGCUGCUCGGACGAGAAGAUGGUCGGUGAGAACCUCUUGCUCGCCUUUGCCCUCAGCAAAAUCUUUGAGGUUGUUCAAAAUAUGUGUGACUUCACGCUCCACUGCUUCUAUCUGCUCCGCUGCAACUUGUCUAGGCGAGUCGGUAACGAGCGGCAACCCAUCGAAUCCCCUGUCAACAGAGACGUAGGCCAGGUCACAAACGACACUGCCAGUGAUCUGGCUACAGACACCACAGCUGGACAGCCGCUGCUCCGCUCAGCGACAGACGGGAGCAGAGUACUGCCUGGUUAUGAUCCAGGGGGAUUUGCCCCCGUGGCUUUAUCUAGCAUCGAUGCGCCUGAGACUUCGAUCAACAGCAGUCGCGAUUGCCAGAACGACACUGCGAUUGGCGAGUAUGCCCAGAAGUACUCUACGCCCCCGACUGUUCCCCAUGAAGUUCAGACAGAUCGUGGUCACCACGUGCAGAGCCUCGGUGACGAGUGUCAUGUGGGUGGCAGAGAACACGAGAACACGGGAGCGAAUCACAUCGCCAAUGGUACAAGCAACACCAUGGCUGACCGUACAAAUGGGGAUGCCGAUGUUGAAGUAGGGAUCGAGGAUCGCGCGGCGAGCACCGCCCUCGGCAAGACUACCGCGCCCAGCAGCCUCGUCAACGGGGAGCUUGCGACCACAAUGGACGUCGAUAACAACCAUGCAGCUGGGUUGGGCCUCCUGCUUGAGAGCUGCUGGGAUAGUUCAAGGCAGGACGAUCCCCGAGGUGAUUCGCACGAGGCUACUGGCGACGGUCGCGGUAGUCCUUGCGACUAG